ACGGCGGAGUGCUCAGUGAGCGACCGCGCGCGGCCAGGAACACUCGCCAGUCGCCAGCCGCCAUCAGUCGCCGACAGUGUCGCGCCGAGUGCACGUCGCGUCGCACGCACCACGCCAUCGUAUUUUUCUACAAUUAUAUCAGUCGACCUUGGCGCUAUUUUGACGCCGGUAUACGCACGACCAAUCUCCGGAUCCAUUCGUCCCCACGAUGUCGGCGGCGCUGAACGGGCGCGUGCACUGCGCGGAGCCGGCCACCAACGGGCACCACGACCCGCGGCCCUGGAGCCAGCAGUUCCUGCCCACGCCGCUGCACCUCGAGGACAGCGCGCGCGCACAGAAGGUGGAGGCGCGGCUGAAGGAGCUGGUGCUGGGCGGGGAGGUGCUGCGGCGCGUGGCCGACGUGUUCGAGCAGGAGCUGGAGCGCGGGCUCAGCGAGCAGCCCUCCAGCCUGCAGAUGGAGAACACCUACGUGCCGGAGCUGCCUGACGGGACCGAGGAGGGCGUGUUCCUGGCGCUGGACCUGGGCGGCACCAACUUCCGCGUGCUGCUGCUGGAGCUGGCGGCCGGCCAGCUGGUGCGCCAGCAGGUCAAGCACUACCACAUCAGCAACGCGCUGCGGCUCGGCACCGGCGAGGAGCUGUUCAACUUCCUGGCGGACUGCGUGCUGGACUUCGUGCAGCAGCUGGGCAUGGAGGACCAGACCUUCUCGCUCGGGUUCACAUUCUCCUUCCCGAUGAAGCAGCACUCGAUCUCGUCCGGCGAGCUCAUCACGUGGACCAAGAGCUUCAAGUGCUCGGGACUAGAGGGCGUGGAUGUCGCAGCGCUGCUGGAGCGCUGUCUGCGCGCGCGCAACCUACAGAUCACAGUGCGCGUCUUGCUCAACGACACCACCGGCACACUCAUCGCUGGCGCACACAUGCACAAGAACGUAGGGAUCGGCGUGAUCCUGGGCACGGGCUCCAACGGCUGCUACAUGGAGCGCGCGUCGCGCGUGCAGCACUGGGAGGCGGCGCACGAGCGCGUGCAGGACGUGUGCGUCGACAUCGAGUGGGGGGCCUUCGGGGACAACGGCUGCCUCGACUUCAUCAAGACGGACUUCGACCGCGAGGUGGACGCCGCCUCGCUGCUCGCCACCUCCUUCACGUUCGAGAAGUACAUCGGUGGCAAGUACCUGGGUUCGAUUCUGUCGUGUGUGCUGAGCGCGCUGGCGCGGGCGGGACUGUUCCCGGCCGAGCCCGCGCCCGACGCGCUGCAGACUGCUCACCUCAGCCUCUUUGAAGAAGAGAACUGCGCAGGAGAGGUGUCCCGCACUAUGACGGCGCUGCGCGAGGUGUGCGCCGGCGCAACGAUCACGGCGGAGGACGCGCGCGUCGCGCAACAUGUCGCGCACGUCAUCUCCAACCGCGCCGCGCAGCUUGUGUCAGUGUGUAUCUCGACGUUGGUGCGUCGCAUGGCGCGGCCGCACGUGGCGGUGGCGGUGGACGGCUCCGUGUUCAAGCACCACCCGCGCAUCGCGCGACUCAUGCGCACCUACAUCGCGCUACUGGCGCCGCACCACUCGUUCUCGUUGCUGGGCGCCGAGGACGGCAGCGGCAAGGGCUCGGCGCUGACGGCGGCCAUCGCGGCCCGCCUGGCGACGCGCGACUCCUAGUCCCCGGCCACCCCGCGGACCCAUUCCGACACACACUCCAACAUAUUAGCUGCGUUCAUUUCUCAAUAGUAGUUGUAUGUACUAGAAUGCCACAAAAGUGCGUAGAGCGCUGUACUCAAUACUCGCGCCGACGGCGUCCCGUGCCGAGUGACGUCACUAUAAUAAUGUUGUUACCUAAUAUGUGAUGUUGUUACGCUCAUUUUAGACGUUUAAGUAGUUAUAGACUGUGUGACUGUGUGUGAGUAUGAAUAUGUGUGUGUGAGCCCGGUAGAAACGAGUGUACUACGCGCGUGUACUACAGACCAUGCGUAGUAGGCUACGAGCUUACGACCGAUAGACUACGCGUAGCAAGCUCUAGGCUACGGGCUAUGGUCUACGAAAUCUAGACUACGCGCUACGGACUACAUGCUCGUAGACUACGGGCUAUGGUCUACGAAAUCUAGACUACGCGCUACGGACUACAUGCUCGUAGACUACGCGCUACGGACUACGAAAUCUAGACUACGCGCUACGGACUACAUGCUCGUAGACUACGCGCUACGGACUACGAACUCUAGACUACGCGCUACGGUCUACAUCCUCGUAGACUACGCGCUACGGUCUACGAACUCUAGACUACGCGCUACGGUCUACAUACUCGUAGACUAUGCGCUACGGACUACGUGCUGUCAGCUACACGGUUACGAUUCGCGUGUAGUACGCUGCAGCCUACCCGGUGCUUGAUUGUGUGAUACUCGCUGGUCGAGUACAAGUAGACACAGUUUGUGCAAUGUUUUAUAUUAGUUUCAUGAUAUAAUUUCAUAUUAAUUAUAAUUAAUAUAUUCUUAUAACGAUGACUCACGUUUGACGCGGCAGCUCUGAUUACUUCCAAUAGCAAUCAGGUGAUAUUCAGUGCUGAGAUUGUGAGCAAAAUUAUAAAAUAAAUAAUGGUAUAGAAAGACAUGCAUGCCCGUGCGUGUGUGUGUGUGUGUGAGAGAGAGAGAGAGAGAGCGCCUAGGUUAGUGUGUAUGUUAGUUGUGACAAGGACUGAGAGAUAUUUAAUAUAUAAACGUUAGAUAGGCAGUAGGCAGCCAGGGCCGCCACGUCCGCUGCAGUGACCCGCUACACGCUACAUGCUACACGCUACACGCUACACUGCUAUAUGGACUAGAGUCGAAUGCCUUACUUUAAUCAAAUUGUCAGCUUUAGUAGGUGGCUCGUUUAGUUUCACCCUCUGUAUCCAUAAUAUAUUACAAUUUUAUUUGAAUUGAAACUAUUUCCUUUUGAUUAGUUCAAUGCAGUAGAUGACGUUGGUUAAAUUGUUAACAAUAUUGAUGGCUGCGGGGCGGUUGCGUGGCGGCUGCGGGCACUCGGGAAACAUAUCGUGCCAUACUCGAGGUGCAUCCGAUAAUGUUACUUUGUUUUCGAAAAUACUGCUUAGUACCGGCGCGGGGGCGGACAGGUUGUUUUAUAUUAUUAUAUAUUAUAUGUUACGUCGUGUGUUCCGCUGCCCGGGCCGCCCCGUGGGACAUGCUGUAUACUGUGUACACUUGUUGUCUUGUUUCUACAUUUUAUGUUAAGAAUGAAAUAAACUCAAUUUCUGUAUAA